AUGAGACGAAAUCAUGAUUGCAGCAGCAGAUCCAUCAAAUUGGUGAAUUCGAUUACUUCCUCUUUGCAACUACACGAAUUAGUCUCCUUCCCGAUAUAUUUUGGAAUCAAAAUGAGUUCUUGCGCGAAUAUCAAUCUUCUUUGGUUGCUGGACAAUCAGCCAUUUCGAGUUGAUUCUGUAAUUUCUACAAAACCGACGGCCAUUCAAAUAUUGGACUUGCUAAACUUGACUUUCAUGCAGGAUCAAUAUACUCACGUUGUAGAGCUGAAAGGUGUGCGACUACGCAGUCAAUGGGCCAUUGACCAUUUGGUCGCAUGGGACGACUAUGUAGCGAGAACUGUCGAGUUUGUUGAUGUUGGUGAAAAGAUGCGCGUGAAAAGUAGCCAGGCUCAACUCACCUCUUUCAAUGGAAUGGCUAGGAUUCUUAUUGGAAUAUUUUCCAAUUCGUUUGACCCCGAAGAAAAAAAAAGUCUACUCAAAAAAGGAGUGAAAGAGCACGAUUGCCAAAUGGCCUAUGCGUUUGUUUUUGGUGCGAAUUGCUCAGGGCCAGCAAUGAGGGUCGAUUCUUUGUCACUACCUGAAAUGGAGACAUCUCCGUUUGACGAAAAUGAACCGGAUGCGAUUUAUUUGGACAUCAGAGAGAAUAUGGAAGAUGGCAAAUCAGACACCUGGUUAAAGUACGCAUCCUUGCUUCAAAAUGAAUUAUACUUUGAUUACGUGGGCAAGAUAGACUCGGACACAAUUUUGUUCCCUGAUACCUUCUUUGCCAGUAUGUCUAGCUGGCCAAAAUUUCCACAGAAUGUCCGCAUCUUUGGAGGAAAAGAUGAAAUCAAGUGGGAAGGUGUUGGAGGUCCAAUUGUUGGACCAGCACAUAUGAGAGGGCAGUUUUAUUGGAUGUCACCUGAUCUCGCACGCUUCAUCAGCUCAAAAUGCAAUAGAACAAAGCUUUCUGUGUCAAUUGAAGAUAGAAACAUCGGAAACUGUGUAAAUUCGCAUCCAUUCCCAGUCAAGAGACUACGAGCAAACCCAAAAGCAUUUUUCCACCCUCUUAAAGAUACAAAUGCGUUUCACCGAGUAUGGCAAAAGCACUGGAGCACUUUGCAUCAUGUCAGCUGA